UUAGUCACGUCGGUCGACUUCGAAAGACAGUCGAGUUACAAUCUCAGUGUCAUGGCGAUUCAUGGCGACCUCAAGUCGUGCCAUCGAGUCCGCGUUAUCAUCACGGACGUUAACGACGCACCCCGAUUCGCGUCGAAACUCUACGAGACGGCAGUAUACGAAGGAUCCGUGUUGCGUUUCGAAUUCACCUUGACCGACGAAGAUGACCCGGAUAGUGCCAAUGGUACAGUAACACCAUACCUCGAAUCGAAUCUCUUUGCGGCUGACUACAACAGUUCUAGAGGCAAGGGUUGGAUUAUCAGUGUACAAGAACUCGACUUCGAAACGCAGCAACAUCAUUCUUUGCAGCUGUUUGCCCAAGACUCUGGACAACCUCGAUUGAAGACACGCUUCCCUGCGCGGUUAGACGUGGCCGUGUUGGAUAGAAACGAGUUUCGUCCUGAAUUUGUUGAGACUAGCUACGAGGCAACUGUUAGUGAAAAUGUGUUCGAAUCGGUGGUGGUUCUCAACAGUACAGAUCGCGAUGGAGGAUCUAUAUACGGGGAAGUCGUUUCGUACUACAUACCUUCUCCCUUCAUUGCGCCUUUUAACGUGACAUCACGAGGUCACGUCUACAACACUCGACUUCUCGAUUUCGAAUCAGAUCAGUUAGAACAUCGCUUCUCUGUGGUAGCGGUCGACGGAGGAGGAUUCGAGAGCAAUGCGGUCGACGUGACCAUUUACAUUACAAACGUCAACGACAACAGACCUCGGUUUCCAGACGGUGUCACUGAUGACGCAAAAUUUGUUGAAAUAGAAUGGGAUAGGCCCCCUUCUUCUGAUCCUGUAAUUACAUUGAAAGCUGGUGAUGACGACCACACCGAUGUCUUAUACUACUAUAUGCCUAUUGGAUACCACAACUUUCCCUUUUCACUGCCAGAUCCCUUAGUGGGGGCUAUUGUGCAAACUGCAGAUCUCAAGGCACCACCAGGCUCAGCCUACAACUUCUCCGUUCUCGUACAAGACAGAGAGAGAGCUAGUGAGUCUUCUGAUGUGUUGAGAUUUCACUGGCCGGUUUCCAUCAUAUUGAUCGACACAAACGACCCACCUUACUACCUCGAGGAUGACAUAACCAUCUCGGUAGAUUUUGAAGCUCUAUUCUAUUCUGAGAACAAACGCAUUCUCAGCGUACAAGCCCAGGACGACGAUUAUAUUCAUUCUAACUAUUCCGAAAUAGUCUCAUACAACAUUCAAUCGUACGAGUCCCUUCCGAUUGCUAUCGACUCUUUGGGUGUUGUGACAUUGACUGACGACAGGGAGUUGCCUGUCACCGUGACUUUCAAUGUGAGUGCUACAGAUGGUGGAGGUUUGAUUUCGAUUAAACCAGCGCGCGUUAUGGUCAACGUUUUGUACAGAAACGCACACAGUCCAGUCCUUGUUGGAUUCGAGGAAGGCAACAGUUACACUACUGUGGUCGACUUGAAAGAAACGCAGCCAAAUGGUAGUGUAGUGGUGGUAAUUAAUGUCACAGACAAUGACAUGGGACCAGAUGGCAUGGUUAAGAUGUUCUCGUUGCCUCAUCCCCAUUUCAAAACAUCUCCCAAUGGCACAAUAUAUUUAACCAAGAUGGUGGACUAUGAACGGCUCGAUGAUAAAACGUUUAACGUGACUGUAAUUGCGUCUGACUCUGGAAAAAUUAGAAAAACCGCUAGCGGUACCGUGAUUAUCCGGGUUCUAAACGAGAACGACAGUCCACCACAAGUUACAUUCCCUCAUUCAACGUUUCGUUUUAGUACAGGAACAAUCCUUAACGUCAGCAGCAACGUCACCUACACAGACGACGACGAUCCAAUGCCUCAGACACACACCGUCGUAUUUUCGUUGCAUCAACAGAGAGGCCCACGGUCACCAUUCACUGGUCGGUUUUGUCAGGCCGGAGUAUUGGCACCCGUUCCAAUACUGUGUAUGGAGCAGACCACUAGUAUUUUGACGUCAAAGGUCUUUUCCGCAGAUCGGUUUGAAGGCGAGUGGGGAGCAGUUAGAUUUAGCAAAAUGUUUCCCGGCAACUGCAGUAGAUUUGACGGCUCAAAACAUUUUAUGCUUAUGAAGAUGACAGUACAAACAUGGAUACGCAUCGGACCUGCGGCUAUGGGCACCAUCUUCACUCUACAUCGAUGGGACAGCUAUUACCUGUUAGCUAUUCGACUAGAACGAAAAAGCAGAAUUACUGUACGAUAUCGUCUCAUCGACGGGGUCGUAAACUCACACCGCUUCUUGUUAAAGAAACCGUAUUUAAUUGAUAACAAUCAGUGGCAUCAUCUAGUGGUGGCAAUCAACUACCCCAACAUAUCUCUUUACGUAGACGGUCAAAAGCAGGAAUCGCAUUCGGCCGUCAAAUAUUUUUCGAGUUUUUCAGGAGACCGGGUCUGUAUCGGAGUAGCAUCAAAGGUCGGAGACCGGCAACUGACGGGAAGACUGGCCGGUUUGUCACUCGGCUUGUCUGCGGCUAAUCAACUGGACGUCGGCUGUAUGAUGAACUGCGGCGAAGCCAUUGGUACGGUCGACGCAGUGGAACGUGUAUCUGUCGUACACUCACCGGGAAAGGUAACCUUUUCUAGUCCUUCUAGUGAAGACAUGCAAGCAGCUCUACGUCACAUCGGUUACGUCAACCGCCACUUGGACACACGCGAUGUCCGUCGAUGGAUUAACGUAGACGCAUCGGACGGUGUAAAUACGGAUUCAAAAAGACUUCGCGUAGACCUACCGAGGGGCAACUUUUACUCCCCAACCUUUCUGUUUCCAAAAGUAACUUCAGUAUUUUUAUCACAAGGAAGUGUGUUGGUGUCGCCUAGUCUACAACUACAGGAUAUGGAUGGCGUCGUGUCUCCUUACAAUACACUCGUACAGUUAGACGCUUCUCUCUGCGACCGAAAUUCGUACGACGUCGAUGUCCAGCUGCAGAGAUGUGGCGCUACGCGGGCCGUCAAUCUCCUCCCUCGCAACGUACAGUGGACCAGACACGUACCCCAGCGAUUCCAAGAUUUUCGCUAUUGGUUUCACUUCAAUGCGACAAACAGAGUCGACAUACCGUCGACCGUAUUGCCCACGGAGUUUAUUGGGGCUUACUAUUCUAUCCUAGCUUGGGUAUAUCUGGAAACGCCGGGCGUCAUAUUCAGGAAAGGGUCGCCGGACGGUGAAGUGAUCAGUGUGUUGGUGAGAAAGCGGGCCGUUGAGAUAUCCGUGUGGACGGACGAAGGUUUUGUCACGCUGCAGUGGGAUUUGCCCGUUCUCCGACAAACGUGGCAUCACCUCUGUUUCACAGUCGCCAACUCGUCGUCUGCUCGUCUCUAUCUGGACGGUCACCUCCUGCCGUUCCGAAAGCACAUACCGAGCUCGAGUCCGGCCCAAGCAGCACCAGAGACAAGCAUCGGCGGAAACUCUACCCACUCGGGUUCGAAACGACGCCAACCAUUCCAAGGCAAACUGGCCGCAUUCGCUGUCGUCAUCGGACAGGCCGUCGAUGAAAGCAACUUGCGUUGUCUUUUGGCGUGUAGAGACCGCUUGCUAAUUUCGGAGCAGUACGACAGGCAAGUGUGGAGCGUACGAUCACUCAACGAGAGUACGGCGUUGAGAAUCUACGGAGUGGCCGACAUAUCGGACGUGGAGUCGAUGCUGAGGUCAGUGAGCUACGACAACGUGCACGACUUCCCGCGCAACCGACCACGUCGGGUGCAAUAUAUCGUCGAGAACGAAAAGCACGUGACGGUUGCUGAAACCAGCGUGGCCGUUCGGUCGGCGGGUCGACGUUUGUCUCUCGACGCGAGUUAUCCUAUCAAACGUUUGUCUCGCAGGGAGACCCUCGGUGGGUACCCCGCGCUGUAUGACGUCACUUUCCUUCACGAUUCCAAGAGCCAGGUGAUCGAUAUGGUGAGUGUAGAGCUGACAUCUCGUCCGCACAUUACAAUUCCAUUUACGGGCGUGCGAUUCGAAUGCGAAGUCGCACUCAAUGCGGCAGAACGCAACUUGCUCUGUGUGGAUAGCCCGGACAUGGUUCACCUCCUGUCGGCUCCUCUUCUCGUGGGUGGACGGUUGGUGUCGUUGGGAGAUUUCACAAACGUCCUUAACCUUAGUAACGCGUCGCCUGCAGAUGUCAGAAAUGCUGUGGUCAGAGGCUUAACUGGGAAAUUGUUUUCAGCCAAUGAGGCGGCGUUUACAACCUUUAUCAAGCAGGAGGGUAAAGAUGAAGGUUUCGUCUUCGCUUGUGUAGAAAUGGGCUUCGUUUCGUGGGGCAUCGAGAUCGACUCGUCUCAAAAGACUAUCAAGUUUGUCCAUACACCGUCGACGAAGCGUGGCUCGGCUCGCCAACAAGCCUACACAGUAUUUACAGCAGACAUCGACGACGGCAAGUGGCAUCACCUCACUCUGAACGUGAGAAACCGCGUAGUGACACUGCACGUCGACGAUACGACUCUUGCAGCCAGUCUGCACUACAUAAAGGAAGGCAAUCGAGUCACCAAGCAGUCGUUCUCAACCAAGCUACCAUGGAGACUGCGCAUGAGUACUAUCUGCAACCUGUACGUAGGCUACAGAGGUCCUAACUCUCCAACCAUGUUUAGUGGUAGCCUUUGGGGGCUGAGCAUUCUCCCGGGUCAAAUUCUGAGCGACCCAGCAAGAGACUGUUUACGGUUCAAGGCAAAGUCCAGGUACUGCUUGGAAGAAUUAACGCUCCCGCACUUAGACGACGACGUCACCAACAUUCUCCAGCGCCACAGUAUAUCAAUGGAUACUCGUGACUUUGGUAUUACCUUGUGGGGUCCCGCAGACCAGAAAGUAUACCAGAAAAUUAUAAACGAAGUGGUGUACGCAAAUUGGGCACUAAGACCACAUCCUCGCUACCAAACAAGAACGUUGGAGGUGUAUGCUACUGAUCACGGUGGUCGAUUCAUCAGUAAUAAUUUACGCAUUACUAUUAUGUUCACUAAAUAAUUAAGUGGAACUGGUGACCAUAAAUCUAUAGAUUGAACUCACUGUAUUUGAAUUUCAGACAUUUGCAUGUUGAUUGACUUGAAUAGAUAGAUACACAGAUUGCACUCUUGUCCUCGUGGAGAGGCUCCUUGUGCGU